AUGGAAAGCAACUGUGCAAAGCAGUCACAACAGGCAACGAGACCCGAAAAUGUGGUACGUCACGGCAUUGUUAAUGUUGGCAUUUUCGUUGAUGACAUCAACCUGAGCCAGGCUUUUUUCCGCCCAAAUUAUCCAGCUUUCGUUAUCACUAAUAUCUCCAACUACAUCAAAGUGUUGCCUUGGCUACUAUUAAUUGGUUUUAUUGUCUUUUUUAUAUUAGUGGUGACAGUGGAAGGCAAGAACCUUAUUCAUAUUCAAGUGGUUAACGCUUCCAACAAUGGCGUCGAAUUUUUCUACUGUUAUCUGAACAGGGUCACUCCUCAACGCGCACUGACCUACAAUGUGGAUUGGCGAAACUCCUCGGCAAUACCACCAGGAGGAGUACCGCAUGAGAUGCUGUUUGGAAUAUCGACAACAACUUCUGCCGCUCAACACCUGACAGGUAACCACCAAUUGCUUUUCGGCACUGCAAUAUUUACGGAAUAA